AUGGGUGCUAAAGCUUCAAAACUUUCUAAGGACGAUCUAACCAGUCUCAAACAAUCCACAUAUUUCGAUCGUCGUGAGAUUCAACAAUGGCACAAAGGGUUUUUGAGGGAUUGUCCGAAUGGUUAUCUUACAAGAGAUGAUUUUGUGAAGAUAUAUAAGCAAUUUUUCCCCUUUGGCCAACCAGAGGAGUUUGCUAAUCAUUUAUUUUCAGUGUUUGAUAAGGAUAAUAAUGGAUUCAUCGAAUUUAAAGAAUUCAUUGCAGUAUUGAGUACUACAUCCAGGGGUACAUUAGAGGAGAAACUAGUAUGGGCGUUCCAAUUAUAUGACUUGAAUCAUGAUGGGUAUAUUACGUAUGAUGAAAUGUUGACCAUCGUCAGCAGUGUGUAUAAGAUGAUGGGUUCUAUGGUUCAAUUAGAUAAAGAAGAAACUACACCUGAACUUCGAGUUAAGAAUAUAUUCAAAUUAAUGGAUAAAGAUGAAGAUGGGUAUAUAACGUUAGCAGAAUUCAGAGAAGGCUCCAAAGUUGAUCCAUCCAUUAUCAGUGCCAUCAGUCUAUAUGACGGUCUUGUGUAA